UAUAUUUCCUGCAGUGAGACAAAUGGUUGGCAAUACCGUGUGAUGUUGGCGGCACUGUUCAGCGCAAACGAAGCCAUUUUGAUAUACCAAACGGCAUUUUCGCAGGCGGCUUUUCUCGCAUCUGCAGAAAUCAAUUUUUCGUUGUGCGUCGAGUAGUGAACAUUAAAAUUUUCUUCCGCGCGAAGUUUUCGGAGUUAUGGCUGCUAAUUGGAUAAAAAUUACAGACAGAGCGCGAGAGGGCCUUAAAAUUAUAAAUGCCAUACCUUACGACACUUUCACUACUGUACUAAAUUUUGUACAUCGGCAAAUGACUCCCGCCGUCACCGAAGAUGUGAUAGAGCCCGAAAAUGCCUUGGAGGAAUUAGAACGCUUGGUUGGUGUGCCACGUGCUGAUUUUCUACUUAUGAUUAAAACAUUUUCCUACAUUCUUCGACGCACUUCCACAUUUGUUAUAAAACCAACUCGUUUGCAUGCAGAAUUACGAGAAAAGCUCGAACUUCAGGAUGAUGCGAAAAUCGAUGCGAUAGUACGACUGUGGGUGCGCCAAACUACGCCCAUCAUGAAUAGUUUGGCUUGUGAACGGUACGAAUCAAAUGAAAUCCAAGACGUGGCAUGGAAGUUAAAUGUUGAGAUUUCUUCGCAUUGUGAGCAACGUGAAAAAAGUGCCUUGGCAAUGUUGCAGCUAAAAACUGGUACUGGCGAAGAUAUUAAUUUAGAGAUGAACCACGACGAAUUACUACAAUUAUAUAACCAAUUUGAAUGCAUUCAAAGCGAGUUAGAUUCUCUAAAACAGCAGCAAGCGCAUCAGAAAGCACUGACGGAGUAAAUUCAGAUCUGACGUCUGCCCGGCUAUUUUAAAGCAAAAAGACGGACAUAACCUUUGUUUCUGAUGCGCUGAUUGCUCCAGCGAUGCAUUUCGAUAACUAUUCAGAUGCGUUUGGGAAAAGCAUACAUCGCCAAUAUUUUGUAUUUCGGCGUUAUGGAACAUUAUACUUUGAACGUAUGCAAAGCAAUUGACGUUUUGGAAGUCAGCACACUUACGCAGGAUACAACGAAUACACAGAAGCGCGAAUACCACUAUUGAAAUUUGAUUAACAUACUCACAUUCGUAAAACUUUCUUUAAAACGUGUAAACGUUUAUGAAAAAAUCAUGUACAUAUACGUUCGUUUAGUUCAUGAUUCAAUAAUAAAUUAUUAUUAUUGAAUCAUGAGUUUAGUUUGGUUUGUUGCGAUUGACAGUUAUCCCCAGUUUCACCAAUCGAUUUUAAAAUUUAUUUGACUGUUAAAAUUAAUUGGUGCAACCGGGCAUAAGACCGUCGAAUUUUCGAAAAUUACAAUGCAAUCUUGAUAUAGAUUGCAACCAAAACAACAUAACACCCAUUGAAUUUCCUCCCAAAGCAUUUAGCUCUAGACUUUUUUUUAAGAAACAAGCUUAGUUGAAAACCCUCUCCAAGAAGCGACACAGGGCUAUCUUUUCCCUUUUUCCCUUUUUCGAUUUUAUUAAAUCUAACUUGACAUUUUCAAUUCCGCAGAUGAUACAACUGCAUUAUCUAAAAAAUUUUCUGUUGCAUUUAGUUUUCUGUCUCAAGAAUUAACAUUAUACAUUGCAUUGACUAUGUGUAAGUUCUAUGGUAUAGUUAUCUCUGGGUAUCGCGAUAUUAUGUAGUUGUGUGUAAGAAAAUUUUGCUUGUCUCUACGUUUGAACUCUGCUUCUAUUUGUACAGCACUUGCCGAUCUUGUUAUGAUGCUCGAGCGGAAUAUGGAAAUUCUGGUAGGUACUAGUGGUUGCAUAAAACAUUGUUUUACGCCUUUCGAUUAAACUUAAACUUGAAUACUUUUGGAAAGCCGAUUUUCUAUAGGAGUUAGGUCGAUGUUUCCUGAGCUGACCAAUGACUUUAUAUACAACCCCUGCUUUAGUUUCUGGGCAUAUUUAAAGAAAAAAAUAAAUAACCUUCGUCCUUUUAUGAAGUCGUGUCAAUAAUAGUGACGGAGUAAGUUGUCUUUUGCUUGGUUUUAAAUAACAAGCCGUUAAUACAUUUUCACAAUGUUGACUAGCCUGGCAGUAUAGACAAUACAGUAUUUGACCGGCAAUGUCCCCGAGUUGACAAGUUUGGAGCAAAGGCCGGUUUCGUAUUGAAUAAGACGAUUUUCCGAAUAUUGAUUUAUUUCUUAACGAGUCGCUACAACCGUGAUUCGGAUUUGUUCAGUAUUGUAAAUAUUGUAAGGAGUUUAGUAUUUUCUUAGCUCUACAGCCGCAUUUAGGUGAGCAUUAAAAUGCCCCACAAUGAUUCCAAAAGUAAAACGCAAGUAAAAACGUUGAGUCUUGAAAGUGGGAAUGUUUUAUUCGGCUCAUCGCCGUUCUUUUAUAUGCUUACAAUCUACCUUAUGAGUAAUCUAAUUUACAAACUUACAUUUCUAAGUUGUUAGUCAUGCUUAUGAUUCUACGUUGUUGUGCAUGCAUACAUAAAUGUAUAUGGGUUCAAUCGAGUUUAUGUUAUUGGAGAAGUGCAGCGCAAGCUAAAUUGAUUUGAGUACUUUGGCCUAGUUAUUGCCAAAAGUAUAUUGAACUUUUUACUUAAUAUUGUGUGAACAUUUUGUUUUGCUUAGCUGUCAUGCUACAGUAUAUAUUUGGUGUAGCAUAAAUGCAAUUACAAAUUAGGGGUAUAUUUUUAGUGACUCAACCUUACUGCUUCAAAAAUACAUAGCAAAUAUCACUACUACCCCAGAGUGAGUGGUGUGCGUUUGCGUUUGUCUUUCUAUAGGAGUUAAGUCCAGGUUGUUUGGUGAACAGAUCAAUAUGGCUUUAUAUCUGUAUAAUUCUUUUUUUGGUUUCUAGGUAUAUUCGAUGCAAUAACGAAAAUAAUAAUAACCGUAGCUGUACGAUCUUAAUCGAUGGGGUAAUGCAUACGGUUUAUAGGUAAACCGACACAUUAACUCUAAUUAAGAUCCAUAUUAUCGGCGACCUUUGAUGCGGUCUUUAGUGCAUACUUGCAAGUAUAGUACUCCUGCAAACACACGGUACUCUCAGAAGUUUUUUUAAUUAGUGGUGUUAAACGAAAUAUCUUCAAUGAAAGUGUUGGUAUCGCUGCUACCCCACAGUAUAUGAUGAGCGUUUGCAUCUCAUCUAAUUAUAAUAGGCAUUGUUCAUUUACGGGUGAUGAUUGGUUUAAACCGAUUUAAUCCGAUGGGAAAUAAAAUAAUUUGAGUUCUUACUUCACUGAUGAUUUAAUGGCUUCAAUAAAAAAAUGAUACAAAAGGGAGUUGAUUAGAGCUACUUGAAUCGAGUUAAUAAUACUAAGCGUUCAGAGGCACGUCUGUGCUGUGUAACAAUCGCAGUGCCAUUUAUUUCUUUAGUUUUUACAUUUCAUUUUGUUAGUUAAGGUUUAUGUACAUACAUAUAUACGUAUAAAUAAGUAUUCAUUUUGCUAGUUCUACAUUUCAUUUUGGAAGCUAGUGUGUAUGUACAGGCAGGCGUAUGUGUAGGUCGUUCAUUUGGAAUGGUUGCCACAUUACUCGUCCUCAUCGCCGACAAUCAUGAAUAUUUUUUCGGCUAUGCAAAAGAUUCAGUCGAAAUAAUCGUCCCAUGAUUUGUUUUCGUUGCUAGAGAAAUACGGCAAAAUUUCACACAGACUGCCUCGAGCCCCAAAAUAUUUACUGCAGUCGUUGUGCCAGGCCGUGCUUGGGAAAACUUAAGUUGUCGCGUCAUUGUGUUAAACGAUGGUGAUAUUUGCAAUAAAGAGGGACGCGGUUGUCUUGGAGUCUGAACUGCGUCUGCAUGUGGUAGUGGGAUUUUUGCUGAUGGGACACGUUUAUUUAGUGACUACUCAAACCCUUCCUAUUCAACGGGUUCACGUAUUCAUACAGCCCGCGACAAAACGAUAGCACCUUAACGACUAUUUAUUUGUGCUGAUCCCUUGUGUUUAAAUAUUUUUUUUUUGUAUAGGCUUUGUGGAUCUAAUGUUCGCAAGUGCAAGUAAAACUAAAAUUUCUUCACUUCAUGCCCAACGUUUCGCUAAAUUUCCUUAGCUUCUUCAGGGGCGGAAAUCGAAGAAUCGGCCAAUUGGGAUUAAUCCCCAAUUAGAUCCUCCCACGCAUCGGCUACGUUCCCGUGUAUCCUUUUGUUUGUUUAAUGUUCAUUCUUUUUCUCUAAAAUUAUAGCUCUUUAUCUAACUUGUAAAUAAAAUUUCAAACUUUGAAAAAAAAAAUAUAAAAAUUUCACAAAUUUUACGUCCACGCUUCAAGAUUCAGUCGAAAUAAUCGUCCCAUGAUUUGUUUUCGUUGCUAGAGAAAUACGGCAAAAUUUCACACAGACUGCCUCGAGCCCCAAAAUAUUUACUGCAGUCGUUGUGCCAGGCCGUGCUUGGGAAAACUUAAGUUGUCGCGUCAUUGUGUUAAACGAUGGUGAUAUUUGCAAUA